AUGGCAGAGAUUGCAGUGAACAUUGUCAUUGACAAGUUGGUUCCACUGUUAAGGGAAGAAGGGAAUUUGUUGAGAGGCAUCCAUGAUGACGUUACAAGUAUAAAAGAUCUCCUAGAGAGCAUGACAUCUUUCCUAAAGGAUGUAGAUGCAAAAGUAGAAAUGGCAAACAUGAGCAGCGGUGUCAAACUUGGGUGA